AACCAGAUCCUCCCUGCAGUGCGUAAGAGCGCGAUUCAGGAUUUAACCAAGUCUUUGCUGCGGGGUUGGCUGCAGUCUUCACCAGAGCACCGACGGCCCGAGAGCCUCCCGACGCAAUGAGAGUGUAAUCUGCACACCGCUUUGGAACCAGACUCGAUUUUUAUAUAUAUUAGUAUAUAUUUUUUGUCAACUACAAAAAAAAGAAAAAAAAAAAAGAAAGAAAAAAAAAACCCGACGCGUUUUCCAUCCUUCGAACGAUGACCGGAGUUUUCGACCGGAGGAUCUCGAGUGUGAAGCCCACCGAUUUCCAGAGCUCCUUCCAACUUUCCAGCAUGCACCAUCCGUCUCAGGAAUCCCCCACGCUACCCGAGUCCUCGGCAACGGAUUCUGGAUACUACAGCCCCGCCGGUGGAGUCCCUCAUGGCUACUGCUCGCCCAGUUCCUCGUCGUCCUACGGGAAGCCCCUGAACGCCUAUCAGUACCAGUACCACGGCGUGAACGGAUCUGCUGGGAAUUACACGACAAAAUCCUACAGUGAUUACAGCUCGUACACGGCCCCCGCCUACCACCAGUAUGCCGGGACUUACAGCAGAGUGCAAGCCCAGGCGAGUCCGCAAGAAAAAGACAUAAGCGAGCCUGAGGUGAGGAUGGUGAAUGGCAAGCCGAAGAAAGUGAGAAAACCCCGCACCAUUUACUCCAGCUUCCAGCUGGCCGCCCUGCAGAGGAGGUUCCAGAACACGCAGUAUCUGGCGCUGCCGGAGAGAGCCGAGCUCGCAGCAUCACUGGGACUCACGCAAACACAGGUCAAAAUCUGGUUCCAGAACCGAAGAUCGAAGAUGAAGAAGAUCAUGAAAAACGGCGAGCUUCCGCCAGAGCACAGCCCCAGCUCCAGCGACCCCAUGGCCUGCAACUCGCCGCAGUCCCCGGCCGUGUGGGACGCGCAGGGCCCCUCCAGGUCUCACAGUUUACAGCCGCAGAGCCUCAACGCAGCGGCCUCUAACUUUCUGGACAACGCUUCGAAUUGGUACUCCUCAGCCGGCAGCUCCAUGGCCCCCCACCUUCAGACCCCGAACUCGAUACAGCACUCAUUGGCUCUCGGAGCUGGGACGUUAUAUUGAACAGAAAAGAAAAAAAGAAUACAAAAAGAAACAAAAGAACCCCUCCUGUUGUUUUUAUUUUUAUUUUUUAUUAUUAUUUUUUAUUUCCUUUUAUGGGACUCGUGUUCACAUUUCAGAGGAAUAUGCAAUGUAUUUGAUGGCAGUCAUAGAGGAAAACGUGUAAAAUGUGUAAAUGUGUGCAUGUAAUUUAUUGCAUUUUGGAAGAAUAUUAAACGUUUAAAUGGACAAUGGA